AUGCUAUUUUUAGUAAUUGCAUUAUAAAGUUCAUUAGCCUAAUAGGUUUAUGAAUAAAAUACGCACAUCGCAUUCUUGGAAAAUUCGAAUUUCAAAUAAUUGAAUCAACAUGAAAGUAAUUUUGAGGAAGAAGAACCCUCAGGCAGUAAUGUCUUAUUUUACUAUCAUUAAUAUGCCAACUUCAUUACUUGGGCUAUAUUGGUUGAUUUAGGCAUAAUAGCAAACAGAUAUGGAAUACUAUUAUAAUAUAAAAUUGAAGUGCAUGCCAUAAUCAUGACAUUAGUAAUUGUACCUUCAGUCUUAGCUGAAUUAUUCAUGAUUUUUGGUGAUGCAGAACCAGAACUGUAUGGUUAAGAAGGUUUGGAGGAUAUACAUGGGCUGGUAGGAUUCUUUUUCUUAGGGGUGCUAAUACUGUAGGCAAUAGGGGGCAUAGUAUUAAAGUUUUGUAAACAAUCUUUACAGAUAUAGAAUUAUCUAAAAAUAUAAUCACUUUUUCAUAUUUAUUUAGGUUAUGCGAUAUAUAUCUUAGGUAAAAUUGAAUUAGGGUUUGGAUAUUAUUUAUCUUAUACUAAUGCUCCAAAUGAAGGUGAAGGCAGUUUAAUUUCAUUUUGGUGUGUGUAUUCUAUUAUGUUUUUUUGGAGAAUUAUAUUUGAAUUUUUUUAUCAAAAUGGAAAAAUUUACUAAAUGUUCAAAAAAGAAGAGGAGAGACCCAGACAACAUUCAGGUUCCCUUUAAGAUUCGUUAUUAAUUUAAUACAUUACACAAAAUGGUAUUUCAUUAUUUAUAUUACUUAGAGCAAUCUCAACUUUAAAAUGAAUUUUAAAAUAAAUUUUGGGUCAUUUUUAAUAACGAAAUUAUAGAUUUAACAGAAUUUGUCCAUCCAGGAGGUUAAUAUAUUUGGAAAAAAGUGAAAGGAAGGGAAAUUUCUCGAUUUAUUUAUGGUGGUUGUGGACUAGAAGAUGACACUGCCAAAUAAUUUCAACAUUCUCACAAUGCAACAGUAUUAUUGAAAAACAAUGUUAUUGGAACAUUAAAUUAAAUUGCAUUUAUAACUCCUAUAGAUGAAAGUGCAAAGAGUACUUAAUGGAGAUUAGAAACAAUAAAAGUAUUAAAUGAUAAAACGAGUUAUUUCGGAUUCUAAAAUCCACAAUACAGAAUAUUAUCUCAAUUCACUUCUAUUCACUCAUUUGGAAAAUAUUUCUAAAUAUAAUCAUUUGAAUCUAAAAAUGUUCCUAUAAGGCAGUAUACAUGCGUUUCUUCUAUGGCUCCAGAGAAUGCCGAUUAUAGAAGGGAACUUGUAAAAUAUAUCGAGUUCAUUGUUAACAAUAAUUAACAAACUAAAUAACCUCUCUAACCUAAAUAUUUGAAUGAGCUACCUAUGAUAAUAAAAUGUUAUGAUUCUUAGAAUGGAUUCUCGAAAUAUGUCCAUAAUCAUAAAGGCGAGUUUUAUGAUAUCCAAGGACCAUUUGGACCACCUCAUGGAAUCCCAAAUCGAGGAAAAAUUGUAAUUAUUUGUGGAGGCACUGGAAUAUUUCCAUUUUUAGAUCUUUUGGACUUUCUCUUGAAAACCAUCACUUACUCAAUAACUUUGAAUAAAUUUGGAAAGUAAGUUGCUGAUAAUUUGAAUCCGCAUGAAUGUUAAUUUAAUACUAAUAUUCAUAUUACUCUAUUUUUUGCAGUUGCUAAUAGAGCUGAAUUAAUUGGAUCUGAUAUUCUUUUCCCAAUAAUAUAAUUAUAAAAGCAUUUAGAAUCAGAAGUUUUGAGAUUGAUUAUAAAAAUUAGAGGAGAAAGAUAUGAAGGAGUAGAGACUAUUGAUGAAAGAUUCAGCAAAGUGAUGUUUGAUAGAGUACUAGGCAAAAAUUUGGAUUAUUAGCGAUAUUUGAUUUGUGGGCCUCCUCAAAUGCAAGCCAGUGUUCCACCAAUCCUUCAAGAAAUGGGAGUAUAAGACCAUCUCAUUCAUUUUAUUUGA